CAUCGAAAUAACUGUUUCAAUCACAAUUGGCGUUGUUUCGUGUGUAUGUGUACCUGUUACUCUGACAGGCAACGGCGUCCAGUAGUUCCCUAAUUGUUUUAACAUCCCUUAGUCAAUAAAUAUCCCCAUAUUAUCAAUUAUUAUCAGUCUCCAAUAGUGUCGUUAAUUGUAUUUUUGUGGGUCUCGAAGAUGUCUAGUGAGAGUGUGAAAACGUUUUCUAGUCUAGAAACCGCGGGAUACGUCGGUUUCGCCAAUCUUCCGAACCAGGUCCACAGAAAGUCUGUGAAAAAGGGAUUCGAAUUCACUCUGAUGGUGGUUGGUGAGUCAGGUCUGGGUAAAUCAACUCUGGUGAACAGCCUCUUCCUCACUGAUCUCUACCCCGAGAGGAUGAUACCAGACGCCGUUGAGAAGACGAAGCAAACAGUCAAGCUGGAUGCAUCAACCGUGGAGAUAGAAGAGAGAGGUGUCAAGCUUCGAUUGACAGUUGUGGACACGCCGGGUUACGGUGAUGCCAUCGACAACACCGACUGCUUCAAGGCAAUAUUCCAAUACAUUGACGAUCAAUUCGAGCGAUUUCUGAGGGAUGAGAGUGGAUUGAAUCGAAGAAAUAUUGUUGACAACAGGAUACACUGUUGCUUCUACUUCAUCUCUCCAUUUGGUCAUGGACUUAAGCCGUUGGACAUUGAAUUUAUGAAGCAGCUCCACAAUAAAGUGAAUAUCGUGCCAGUUAUUGCCAAGGCUGAUGUCCUUACCAAGAAGGAAGUACUACGUCUGAAGAAACGAGUCAUGGAGGAGAUUGAGGAGCAUGGAAUUAAAAUUUAUUCACUGCCUGAUUGCGACAGCGAUGAAGACGAGGAUUACAAGGAACAAGUGAGACAGCUGAAGGAGGCAAUGCCAUUUGCUGUCUGUGGGGCUAAUACUCUGCUGGAAGUCAAGGGGAGGAAAGUUAGGGGGAGAUUGUAUCCGUGGGGUGUGGUAGAGGUGGAGAAUCCUGAUCAUUGUGAUUUUAUCAAGCUCAGAACUAUGCUUAUUGCUCACAUGCAGGACCUACAAGAAGUAACUCAGGAAGUCCAUUACGAGAAUUAUCGAAGUGAAAGAUUGGCUAAAGGAGCACCAGCACCACCGAGAAGACAAACGGUAAUUGAGCCAGAAAAACCAGCAGGAUCCGAAAUAGAUCGUAAGCUACAAGAGAAAGACGCUGAAAUUCGUCGUAUGCAGGAGAUGCUAGCAGCAGUGCAGGCCCAGAUUCAGCAUCAGCACGUGUAAGCCUUAACAAAUUGAGGACUGAAAUGUUUCUUCUUGUCAGGUGCCAAAAGAGAGUAAUAAUCAGCCAACUGAGAGUAGGAAUAUUCAGAGAGAAAGGCGUAACGGCAUCAAGGCUCUUCGUCGUGCAUAAUUUAUAAAAACCAUCGAGACCGUUACACAAUUCUACGUAUCAAUCUAUCAAAGCAAAACUCGAUAUAUUUUUUGGUAAUACGAUAUUUUUCAACGUCAAAUAAGUGAGUGAGUCAUAUUAUCCUUUCUGAAAUUACGAUAUCAUUAUUGCCAUUUACAGAGCCUGAAAAGUGCCUUGCAGUCCUCAUACUUUUUUUCUCGCUGAGAGAAAUGUCAUUUCUUCAAUGACAGAAUUUCUCAUUGGCUCUAUAUUUGUACAUAAUAAUAAUGAUACUGCUGUGCACUCUGCAACACUGUUAGAAAAUAAUUGAAAUUUCAUGGAGUAUUUAUUUCCAACAUAGAGAGCAACAUUUAAAGGGGAAAAAAUUGUAAAAUUUUAGAUUUCAUUGAAAUUGCGAUGAAAUUUCAGUCUCAGUGUGCGCAUUUCCCACCAAAUAACUAUGACUUAAUUAAUCUAGAUUAAUGAGCAUUUAAUCGAAUUCUCAGUUGAAUUCCCCGAAUUUUCAAUGACGAAAUUCCUUGAAAUUUCAAUGUAACUGAAUAUCUUCAAUUCGACCAGAAAUUUCCAUCAAAAAUCACUAUCGGUGUACAUGGUUCCUCUUUUAGUCUCACUCACAACUGAUUAGAUUUUAAGAUUAACGUUGAAAGCCUAAAUGAGUGAAUAUCGUGUCUGAUAUUUUUGUGCAAUUUUUUAUACGUCAGCAGCACUUUUUUCUCCAAUAUUUUUCAUUUCAAGUAUCAACCUCAUAAAGUGGUGAAACGUGAUGUUUAAUUUCGAUGAAUUCGAUUACGUUUAAAGUAAAAAUAAUCGAAUUCUUGCACUUCUCGAUUUUUCUCAUCUGUAUUAAUUAUUUACUUGAUUCAAGGGCUUAAAAUUCUGUAAUUGUAAAUCAUUUUGUUUUAGCAAAAAUCUUCCUUUUACUGUGAUAAGGAACCAUAAGAAAAUGAUGAAUAUUCCCAUGCAUUCUUCCACCUCUAAUUUACUCGAUAAUUAUAGAUACAAAGUAUUUUUACCAAAAUUUUUUACAUUUUUUUAUUGUACUUUUCGUAAAGUAAAAAAAAAACUCAUCUGGAAGUGUGAUCUAUGGUGAUGAUGAAAAUGCAGGCGUAAUGAUUGAUCCAAGUAUUUUGUCACUAAGUUUAAGGUUUAUUUCAGUACUUAUGCAAGAUUUUCCAACCCACGUGCAAAACGUGCACAAUUUAAUUAUAAUAAUUUCAUUUACAUGAUUAUGUACAACGGUCUGGCUUAUUUGUGCAUGUAGUAGUCAAUAGCAGUUGAGAAAGCUGCAAAGCCAGCAGCACCGAUUAUACCCGCCUUGACACCGGCUGAAAUAAAUUAUUGAGGAAAUUGAUUUGAAUUUUACAAUAUUUAUAAGAUCUCAUUUGAGACGUCAAAGACUUACCCCUGAGACCAAUGAGACCUCCAGUUAGGCCACCAGCGUACGUACCAUUCUUCCAAUCGGUUUUUCCACGGUACUGAAAUGUUUCAAUCAUUUAUUAACAUGUAUACAACGAACUGAUGAAUAAACCUUUACAGAUAAAUAAA